CCUUUGAUUAGGUUUGGAACCAAAAGGUCCUCAAACACUGUGACAUUCCCAUCAACCUCUUCUGUACCUUGUGUUUGGUGCUAAUGCUCUAUGAAUCCUGCUACAAGUUGGACAUCUUCGCUGGCAGCGGAAUCCUGUAAAAUUGCCGAUCCUCUGCUGAGACACAUGUUUGGAAUAACAGCCGAUGUGAAAAUUAGCCUGCCGAGAAUUGACAAAGACUCGUCUGCAAAAUUUCUACUGAGUGAGUCCAUAAAGUCGGUGGAGGAUAAUCAGGAACAAGCGAGCGGGUUGCAACAGGAAGAUGUUUCUUUACAGGACCUUUACAGUCUACAAGGCAGUAACAGCUGCAAUGGUACCAUCAAUGUCCCAACAGGGAAAGUACUGAAAACUGAACUAGAGGAUUCUGACAGUCCAACUCCUCUCUAUGCGAUUUACUAUUCAGGUAGCACUCUGGACAAGGGAACAUCAUGUCAUAUUAAAAGUGAGCCAGAAUGUGGAUAUGUGGAACCCAUAGAUGAAGAUUUCCUCAGCACAGAUGAAAGCAACAUCCCCAACUCACGGGACAUCGCUGGCCGGCCACAGACUCCGACUUGUGUGGAUCCGAACACAAACACGGGGAGAAUGGGAAGAAAAAGGAAGCGCACGAUGUGUCCUUGUUGCGUCCCUGCGGGGGGGCACGGUGCAAGGUCCCAAGAAGAGCCCAAGAAGUGGGCAUGGGGGACGUCGCAGACGAGUAGAAAAGGGGGAAGAACCAAAUUUGCUAAAAAAGUUGUAAAAACAUCUGGAAAGAUCAACUGUCAAAAAGUGAAGGAGUAUAAGACUGCUGAGGGUCUAGUGAGUGACAGUGAGACCACUGUCACUGAAGUAGUCAAACUACACGAACAGAUCCAAAGACUCAAAGAGCUUCUGCACGAGAAAGAGGACGCUUUAAAACUGAUGACAAACGGCGUGGGCGGGGAUCCAACAAUUUGAACUCUAAUAUUCUAGGAAACGUUUUUUAUCAUUAGUAUAGAAUAUGUUGUUCUCCCAUUUAUGUUUUUUGGAGUUAGCAACUGUAAAAGCACAGCUAAUGUGAUAAAUUGAUAAAUUAAUAAGAAAUGCUUUAGUAAACACUGUCAGUAUGGAGUUUAUAGUUGGUAACUAAAAAGCUAUUUGCUUACUCAUUAAGUAAAACAAAAAAAAAUGCUUAAAUGUAAUAUUCCCUAAAUAAACUAAUACAUUAUUAAUAUUUUAUAAGGGAACUUGUGCAAAUAAAUGACCUUGUUGAAGUGACUCAUGUGAACACUUAAUCCAUGAAUGUUUGGUUGGAGUUACAGUUUGACUUGUGUUUUUAUCAGCAUUGGGGGUGAGGUUAUCCUGGUCAGCCAGUCCACCAGUGUUUUGCUCAGACCCUUUCCUCAAAAGGCAUGUUAUCCCAAACACUACUAGCCAGAUCCAUGGGGUUUUGCUUGCCUAAUGUUUUAGAUAACCAUUACUUUUAAACUGCAAGUUUCCAUCAUGAAGAUGUUGGGCUUCAUGUUCAGUCCAUCACAUGACAGAGCCACAGGCUAGGCCUUUAUGGAUCUUUGGGGGGGGACAGGGGAACAGGACAGCACAAGGACCAAAGUAAGCACUAAAAGAGAAGGGACAUGUAUUGGAAAUAUAUAAGAUUAAAGGAAAUAGAAACUAUAUAAGACUAAUUUAAUUUGGAGUAACAAGGCAAGCAUUAUGUAUAUUUGUAUCUAUCAAUGCAGUACUGUUAACAUUUCAAGUGCUGGAAAAGUACUCUUUUAAUUGCGUUAAAGUAGAAAUACUAUGUUCUUGAAAUAUACUCAGUGUACUUUGUGUAAUAAAAGUACUCAGAAUGGCUCUUUUUUUCUUCUUUUUAAAAAAACAAUAUUUCUGAAUAUUUCCAAAAAAAACAUGUCCAAUUAUUUGGAAGUUGUAGUGUGUAAAUGUUGAGCCAUGUUUAGAAAACAAAUGUAGAGUAAAAGUAUAAUUAUUGUCUCAAAAGUGUAAUGGAAUAUAAGAAUUUGUAGCAUUAAAUAAAAAAUACUCAAGUAAAGUAUAAGUAUGGGUUACAGCUGUAUACAUAUAUGUUCCCUGUUCCUUUCCCCUCCAGUUCCUCUACACAGGAGUGUUCAGCAGCCGGAGGGAGAGGCCUCUGCCUGGGACUGCUUUGUUUCUGCCUCUCAUCCCAGGAUGGACAUUUCUACGCUUCACAUGUUUGAUUGUAAUAAAUGUGUGUUCUAUUUGGGUCAGUGCGUGGUGUAAUUUAG